CAGAAGAUGCCGGCCAAAAACGUCAGCGUCCUCGUGACAUGUCUCUCGCGGAGCCACCACACACCAUGGAGAUAGCACAGAUCCUGAUAUCAUUGCUCCACGCGUGGGGCCUGGACCCAGACCUGGACAGGGUCUGCGAGUCCAAACUUGGAUUGCUGAGGCCUAUGGUACCAGUCUGCUUCGGUGUGGUCUCCCGUCAUGGCCACAUGGCUGUCCAGCUCCCUACAUGGCUCGGUAGCUGGUCCGCCGCCUGCGCUUCAGCUCCUGACGACCCGUUACUCAUCACUUCAGAUCUUCCACCUGAGCUGGUUCGCCAGGAGAAGUUGACCAGACCCUCAACCAGGAACUCCUCAUCGUGGGCAGCAGACGAGGAGAGAGAGGAACAGCUGGCCGCCCAGCAGGCCCACAUCAAGCAAGGAUGGUCUCUAUUAGCUACGCUACACUGUGUAUUAUUGCCUGACAAGGUUGUCGCUGCAGGAGCGAAGAGUUUUAAGCGUCCACAAGUGGAGAUGUUGGCUCGACGCUGGCAACAUCACUGUCUGGAGGUACGUGAGGCUGCGCAGGCGCUGCUACUGGCUGAACUUGGCAGACCGGCGGCGUUCAUAACGACGAUGGCCCGCGAGGUGGCGCGCUGCGCGGCGGCGGCGCAGUCGGGGCAGCCGUCGGCCGCCUACCUGGCGCUGCACAAGGGACGCGCCGAGGUAUGUUCGGUCUAG